ACUGUAUUUAAUUUGGUUCUCCUCGAAUCUGUGCGGUUGCUGCGCUUGUUGGAAUUUGUUUCUUAAAUUGGAAUUUAGUUAUUUGUUGUUAUAAGUGUCAUAAGUUUGCGCUGUGAAUUUGUAAGGAAAGAUGGCCCGGCGCGAUUAUACCCAAGAUUAUGAUUCUAUCCGCACGUUUCUGACAGAAUUUUGUCAGACAGAUGAAAAUGGAACUAAGCUAUUCAAAUAUGCCCAACAACUUGUGAGAAUUGCGCAUAGGGAACAGGUGCAAAUGGUGAUCGAACUAGAUGAUGUGAACGAAUAUAAUGAAAGUCUGGUCAAAGUAAUGGUCCAAAACACUCGCCGCUACGUGAAUAUUUUUUCUGAUGUAAUUUACGAGCUUCUGCCAACGUACAAAGAGCGGGAGGUUGCCGCCAAGGACUCUUUAGAUGUUUACAUCGAACAUCGUCUUCUCAUGGAGGCCCGCAAUCGUAACCAGAUGGACCAACGGGACGAACGCAAUCGCUUCCCUCCUGAACUGAUGAAAAGAUACGAGGUUGUAUUCAAACCUUUGUCAUCUGAGAAGGCUUACUCUAUCCGCGAAGUAAAAGCGCAACACAUUGGAAAGUUCGUGACCAUUCGAGGCAUUGUCACCCGGUCGACGGAGGUGAAACCUAUGAUGGUUGUUGCAACAUACACCUGCGACCGAUGCGGCUCAGAAACAUACCAACCCGUCAACUCAAUGACCUUUAUGCCCAUUCAAGAGUGUCCGUCGGAUGACUGUCGCGUUAACAAGGCGGGAGGUAAACUGUAUCUGCAAACCAGAGGAUCGAAAUUUAUUAAAUUUCAAGAAUUGAAAAUUCAAGAACAUAGCGAUCAAGUUCCAGUCGGUCACAUCCCACGUACACUGACAAUAAUGUGUCGAGGAGAAGCCACUCGCCAAGCUCAACCGGGUGAUCACGUUUGUAUUUCAGGAGUUUUUCUUCCCCUAAUGCGAACUGGAUUCAAACAACUUAUUGCCGGUCUGUUGACUGAAACAUUUCUGGAUGCACAUCGUAUCAUUUGCAUCAAUAAAGAUGAACAAAUAUCAGAAAAGGAAUCUGAACUUACACCGGAUGAAUUGGCAGUACUUUCACAUGAAGACUUUUACGAACGGUUCGCCAGUAGUUUGGCCCCUGAAAUUUACGGGCAUUUGGACGUAAAAAAGGCUUUGCUGUUGUUGUUGGUUGGCGGUGUAGAUAAGCGGCCAGACGGCAUGAAAAUAAGAGGCAACAUCAAUAUAUGCUUGAUGGGAGAUCCUGGUGUUGCUAAAUCUCAGCUACUAGGAUACAUAAGUCGCCUAGCAGUGCGAAGUCAAUAUACUACUGGCCGUGGUUCAUCAGGAGUCGGCCUUACCGCUGCUGUAAUGAAAGAUCCGUUGACUGGAGAAAUGAUGUUAGAAGGUGGCGCUUUGGUUUUAGCGGAUCAGGGAGUUUGCUGCAUUGAUGAGUUCGAUAAAAUGGCCGAGUCGGACCGAGUGGCGAUUCAUGAAGUGAUGGAACAGCAAACAAUCUCCAUUGCUAAGGCUGGGAUUAUGACUACAUUGAAUGCGCGUGUUUCGAUCCUGGCAGCUGCCAACCCUGCGUUUGGACGUUAUAAUCCUCGUCGCACCGUAGAACAAAACAUUCAGUUGCCAGCUGCAUUACUGUCACGUUUUGAUCUUCUUUGGUUGAUUCAAGACAAAGCGGAUCGUGAGAAUGAUCUUCGUUUAGCGAAACAUAUUACUUUUGUUCACAGUCACGGCAAGCAACCACCAAGCCGUACUCAAGCGAUUGACAUGAACUUGAUGCGUAAAUAUAUCAUGUUAUGCAAGCGUAAAAACCCAAUCAUCCCAACUGAAUUGACCGAUUACAUUGUUGGAGCAUACGUCGAACUGCGUCGCGAAGCAAGAAACAGCAAGGACAUGACGUUCACAUCUGCAAGAAACCUUUUGGGAAUCCUCCGCUUGUCGACAGCUUUAGCCAGGUUGCGCCUGUCCGAUGCUGUCGAGAAGAAUGAUGUUGCCGAAGCACUUCGUUUACUCGAAAUGUCAAAAGAUUCCCUCAACCAAAUUCACGAACACCAAAGAGGACAUGUUCCCAAUACGUCGGACAAAAUAUUCGCCUUGGUACGGGAACUCGCGGGUUCUAGCAAGACGGUCAAGAUCUCAGAUAUUAUGGAGAGAUGUACUACGAAGGGUUACAAGCCGGAUCAAGUUGAUAACUGCAUUGAGGAAUACGAGCAGUUAAACGUGUGGCUAGUAAAUCAAACCAAAACUAAAGUUACAUUCAUCUAAGUUAAUCAAGUAUUUAAAAAUCGUUUGCUUCGUAGAUUUAAGUUUUAAUUUUUUUACAGUAAUAAAGGACAGUACAAAUUUGA